GGGGAAGUGGUUUCGCGGGAGAGCCUGCUAGUCUUUCCAGCUAGUUGGUCCAGUUUAACUUUAUCCCCUCAUCUGAUGUAUUGAUGCAGAAGUGAGCUAUCGUGCGUCCUGCAAACGUCGUGUGCUAUUACUCAUCUGAGGAGGCUUGUCGACUGAACACGCUUGAGUGCUUUAAAGAGCUAAGUCUGGCCCAUCACCAUCUGCAGAGUGGGUUUCACCACUGCGCUCUCCGUCUGCAGCCGGUGUUUACAUGUCUACUGAGGAUUUUAUAGGAGGAACAGCAGAGUCAGGGAAGAUGGACACCACUGAGACUGAUGCAAAUGAACCUUUCAUUGAAAACAUGCUGAUGGAGUGCCAUCAGGUCGACGAGGAGGAGAUGGAGGAAGAGCAUGAAAGCAGAACAACAAAGAAUCAGAAGGAAGUUGAAGAACCAGAGUGUUCAGCUGAAUUUGUGGCCGCUAAAGUGGAGGACUUCACUAAUGAAAUGUCCAGACCAGAGGAUGCAGACAUUAAAAUGGAGAGAACUGAACCAUCUGCAUUGCAAACACAAUCAGCGGUAAAACCUGAUAUGAAGCCUCAACAGCUUUCCGUGGACCUGCCGAUGAAGGUGAAGGACGAGCCGAUGGAUGAGGAGUACGAGAAAGCAUCAGUAUCGCUGCACACAGAGGGAGACAUUAAAGAUGAACCCGACACUGCAGCGGACAACCAGACUGGUGCCAUUAAGAUCAGUGCAGUGUUUUCUGUAGGAGGAACUCCUGCACCCAUUGCUCCAGCCAAUCCGGUCGGUGUGGUUUGCACAGGGUGUAAUAAAAUCCUGCUGAAGGGACAGACGGCUUUCCAGCGCAAAGGCUGUCCUAAACUCUUCUGCUCACCUCAAUGUCUCUGUAGCAACUCCAAUGUGGUGGUCAAGAUGCCUCCCAAGAAAUGUCACUUCUGCCUCAAAGAUAUUACUGAUUCUAAGGAUGUGAUCAGUGCACCGGUGGAUAUGGCAGGGAAUCUGAAGGAGUUUUGCAGUCAGAAAUGCAUCAGUUUAUUAAACUUCAAGUGCAGUGUGUGUCAGAAGGCGGGAACAACUUUUACUCACAAAGUGAACUUGAUGGACUCCGUCCAUAUUCUGUGCAGCGACGACUGCUUCAACCAGUUUCGCACCUCCAAUAAGCUGAACGGGAACAGCUGUAUGAACUGUGGGGGAAUCUGCUACGGCACAGACGCUCCAUGUCAAUCUCUGCAGAUAGAGGGCAUCGUUAUGAAGUUCUGCAAGCCGAGCUGCCUCACAGCCUUCAAAAAGAAGAGUCUGAAACCUGUCGCUUGCAAAAUUUGUCGCACUUUGCACCCGGUUGCCGAAAUGCUGGAAUGUAUGAACGCAGAGGGAAUCCGAGAGAUUUUCUGCUCUGCCGCCUGUGUCACAGCGAAUAAAGUUCAGACUGUCAGUUCUUCAGGUGCUCCCGUGGAAUGCAACAGCUGUAAGCAGAAGCUGGUGCCUCAGUACCAUCUGGCCAUGUCUGAUUCAAGCAUCCAGAACUUCUGCUCCUUUUCUUGUGUAGUGUCAUAUCAGGAGUCAUUUGGUAAGAAACCAAACUACCAGGUGAACACUGUAACCUCUACGACGAAUGCAUCAACGCCAAAACCUGCCUCUUCAGAGUCCAGCUCCUCAACCAAGACAAGCACUUCCAAGAGUCAAGUUCAGAACGUCACAAAGAUCCCCUGCUCACAGUGUCUCAACUCAUUCUUCCACAAACCAGAACUGCUGGAUUUUAAGAGGAAAAUGUACGCUUUCUGCGGUACGGCUUGUGUUGAGGAGUUCAAGCAGAUCAACAACGUCAUGGCUCGCUGCGAAUACUGCAAGAUUGACAAAAUUAUCAAGGAGGUGAAAAGGAUCAACAAAAUUGACCGAUCUUUCUGCAGUGAGGGAUGCAGGUUACUCUAUAAGCAUGACCUGGUGAAGCGCUGGGGGAAGAAACACUGUCGCAAUUGUUUGUACUGCAGCGGCUCGGCUCAAACCGUAGUCAGCGCAAUCAUUAAUAAUGUUGAGGAGGAGUUCUGUGGGACCAUGUGCUUAUCGCUUCAUACCUCAUUAUUGCGGAAGGAGAUCAAGUGCUCCAUGUGCAGACAGGCCAAGAAGAUGACGGAAACGGUGAAGUGGGUGGGAGAGAUUAAGCAUUUCUGCAGCUUGCAGUGCUUGAUGUUUUUCUGCAGUCUGCAGGGCACCACUGGGACUGUCAAACCUCAAAUCAAACCUCAGCCCACUCAAGGGACAAGCCCAGCACCUUCUCCAGCCCCUCAAAGUACAGUUAAUCUGGUGUCACCGACCACUAAAGAGACCACGCCAGUCAUUGCCAAUGUUAUCUCGCUUGUAAAUGCAUCCAAUGGACAGCCGACGGUUUUGGGAAACAGUGUUUUGCAAGCUUCUGUUCCAGCUGCUGCUACAAAAAGUUCAGGAAAUACGGCCAGCACACAGACAGACAGUGUGAAGCCUUCUGCUCCUCCACCUCGAAUCCUGAAAAACAAAGCCUUACUGUGUAAACCCUUAAGCCAGAACAAGGGCACUUCCUGCAAACCCAAUGUCUGUGACAUGGAUUCACAAACAGAAGGACCUGCUGUUAUAGUGCUUCCUGUGCCGGUGCCCAUUUAUGUUCCUGUUCCUAUGAGUCUCUACACUCAGUACACGCCAAAAUCUGUAGGCUUGCCACUGCCGGUUCCAGUGCCCUUGUUCUUCCCCACGACACUGGACAGUGCAGAGAGCAUUGUACAGACCAUUCAGGAAAUCAAAGAGAAGAUCCCUGAUGAUCCUCUGGAGGCCGACCUCAUUAUGAUGGCGGAGAUGGUGGCGGAGGAUGCAGAGAAGGAGAAACGCAUCAGCUCCACUGAUCAGCCUGUACACAUAAUGGAGGACCUUGAUCUGGAAGCCCUGUCCAGUAAUCUGAGCUGGGAGGAAGACUCUGUGUCUUCUGCUCAGACAUGGGAUCAAGCUCCAGAGCCGGAGCGUUUUCUUCCUCCUCCGUCCAGAUCUGCCACAGUUACUCCCGUCUCCAGCACAGCAGAGGAGCCACAGAUGGACCUGGAGGCAGAUUUCCCAAUCGAGAGCAUUGAACUCUUCAGAGAACAAACGCCAAAUAAGACAACAGGCAAACGGAAAUCUCGCAAGAGAGCACGCGAUGGCUUUCCUCAGAAGAAACGGGCUGUUUCAUCCGCAUGCACAUUUAUGUCAGUGAAGUCAAGUCUUGAUGUCGGCAGUGCUGGUCUGCAGGCACAGAAAACGCCGGGAUCCUCAAGUCAUAGGCUGAUAAGACGAGACGCAGUGAUUACUGGACUGAGGAGGGAGCUGCACCACUGCAAGGAGGUUUAUGAGACCACCAAAGCAGCUCUGACCGAUCUGAAAAGCUCUCAUAAGGGGCUCGUGGAGGCACACAUGGCUGUGGUUCUGCAACUGAGAGAUGCACUGGACAAAAAACAACCACUACGGACCCAGCGUCAUAGUUCAUGCAGUCAAGAUGAUAUGAUGCAAACAAAGUCCUGCCAUCCCAAUUUCGACUUUCAUCCUCCCUCAAAGCAGCAGUUGAACGCCCUGUUUAAUCAGAGUCAGAAGCGUGCGGAUCGUUACGGAUGCCUGCUAUUUCGUGUCAUUGUACCUCAAACCAAGUAUAAAGAAUGGGCGUCCAAUACCAACUGGGAUGGCUCAAGGGGUAAAUGCGCAUUGCCGGUAAACCUGCGGAGCUUCAUCAUUGAUACGGUUUCUCAGAGAUUCCCCGGCUUGAGUGAUGUUGACCGGAAAUGCAUUAAAGACAGAAUCAAUGAGUUCUUGCGCUCGCCAAGAAACACGGCUCGUAAGACUGCAGCAGAGCUUCCAGCCAAAUCAGCUCCAGAAAACCUCUCUAACAUCUCUAAACUACAACACGAGUACGGAGUCACCGCCUGGAGGGACUGGGUGCGCUGGAGGAACGCUCAGCCCAACAUGGAGACUCCCAAAUUUGGCUCACGCAGCAUGACACUGAAGGAGGACCUGUUGAAAUGUUGCACCGCUGAGAUAAGCUACGGUCUCUGUAAGUUCAUCACUGAAGUCCGGCGACCCAAUGGAGAGAAAUACAGUCCUGACAGCAUCUAUUACCUCUGCUUGGGCAUCCAGCAGUACCUGUUUGAGAACAGUCGAAUGGAGAACAUCUUUGCAGACGUCUUCUACACUAAAUUCUGCCAGGAAAUGACCAACAUACUCCGUGACUGGAGACCAACUGUUUUGCCCAGUGGUUAUAUUCACUCUCGUGUGGAAGAGGAGUAUCUGUGGGACUGUAAGCAGCUCGGGGCCUUUUCACCUGGAGUUCUGCUCAACACUUUAAUCUAUUUCUUCACAAAAUACUUUAACUACAGGACAGCGGAGCAGCACCGUCUCCUCUCUUUCGGCCACAUCGUGCGCUGCUCUCGGAGCAAAGGCAACACAAAAGUGGCCUGUUUGCGUUUCUAUCCUCCGAAAGAUGAAGCCGACGGCGUUCCGGCAAAGAGGAGGAAAGAAGAGGGAGAGGAGGAGGAUGAAACUGUAUAUGAGAUAAAGGAGAAUUCAGACAAUCCUCUCCGCUGUCCUGUCAGGCUCUAUGAGUUCUAUCUCUCAAAAUGCUCACCGAGUGUGAGACAGCGCACGACUGAUUUCUACCUGAGCCCCGAGCGCUCCUGCGUGCCCAACAGCCCCAUGUGGUUCUCCAUCAGCGCUCUGAGCGAUGAGGCUUUAAACAGCAUGUUAACCCGCAUCCUCACAGUCAGAGAGCUCCAUCUGGACACAGAAAAAACACCCGCUGACAACGAAUCAGACAGCGACUCCGACUUCAGUCCGUGAUGCUGAAAACGGUCUUGGAGAAAAGGUUUCUCUUUGGUUCUUCACUGACAAAACCUAGACACACCAGUGAACUGGCUUUUUGGAGAUCCUUGGAAAGUGCUUUGUCAGUGCAGUUUCCAUAAUUGAAGUAUAAUGAUAUGCUGGGGUCACCGAAAACAUUUCAAAAAGUGCAUUUGGUUGCUCUAAAAAGGACAGAGCUGAGUUUAAUGCAUUGCCAGAUUACACACAAGGGAACUUUAAUGGGAUCGCUGAAGAUUCUUUGUAUUAUAUUGAAACACUAAAGAGAUUGACAGCAUCUACAGCAGGUAUUAAUAACCGUGACUUGGUUAUCUGCCCUUUGUGAUUGAGAUUAUGUUUUUGUUUUUUAUUUGCAACAUUACCGCUUAUCAUGAUUUCUUCCUUUGGAUAAAAAAAUUACAG